GAUGACGUGGCCUAGCGACGUACCUACAGCCGCGGCCUCCUGGGGGCCGGCGCCUCUGGAACUACCCACGGCCUAGUGCAGACGCGCGUGUACUUGUGAGCCGGGGCUGGAGACAGCAGUGGCAGCGGCCCGCUCUGGGGGACCCGCCGGGGCGCUGCCAUGGGGGAUUGACGUGCCUGGGUUUGUGGCCGCGCGGCAGCGUGCGACAUGAGGCGACCGAGCGGCCGGGGGAGCGGCGGCGGCUCUUGAGUCCGGGAUGGAGGAGAAAUACGGUGGGGACACGCUGGCUGGGCCGGGCGGCGGCGGCGGCGGCCUUGGGCCGGUAGACGUACCCAGCGCUCGAUUAACAAAGUAUACUGUGUUACUCUGUUUCACUAAAUGUUUGAAAGCCGUGGGACUUUUUGAAUCAUAUGAUCUCCUAAAAACUGUUCACAUUGUUCAGUUCAUUUUUAUAUUAAAACUUGGGACUGCAUUUUUUAUGGUUUUGUUUCAAAAGCCAUUUUCUUCUGGGAAGCCUAUUACCAAACACCAGUGGAUCAAAAUAUUUAAACAUGCAGUUGCUGGGUGUAUCAUUUCACUCUUGUGGUUUUUUGGCCUUACUCUUUGUGGACCACUAAGGACUCUGCUGUUAUUUGAACACAGUGACAUUGUUGUUAUCUCAUUACUCAGUGUUUUGUUCACUAGUUCUGGAGGAGGACCAGCAAAGACCAGGGGAGCGGCUUUUUUCAUUAUUGCUGUAAUCUGUUUAUUGCUUUUUGACAAUGAUGAUCUCAUGGCUAAAAUGGCUGAGCACCCUGAAGGACAUCAUGACAGUGCUCUAACUCACAUGCUUUAUACAGCAAUUGCCUUCUUAGGUGUAGCAGAUCACAAGGGUGGAGUACUGUUGCUAGUUCUGGCUUUGUGCUGUAAUGUUGGUUUUCAUACAGCUUCCAGAAAGCUCUCUAUAGAUAUUGGUGGAGCCAAACGGCUUCAGGCUUUAUCUCAACUUGUUUCUGUGCUUCUUUUGUUCCCAUGGGUCAUCGUUCUUUCUGUGACAACUGAGAGUAAAGUUGGGUCUUGGUUUUCUCUCAUUAUGCCUUUCACAACGGUUAUCUUUUUUGUUAUGAUCCUGGAUUUCUAUGUGGAUUCUAUUUGUUCAGUCAAAAUGGAGGUUUCCAAAUAUGCCCGCUGUGGAUCCUUUCCCAUAUUCAUUAGUGCUCUGCUUUUUGGAAAUUUUUGGACACACCCAAUAACAGACCAGCUUAGGGCUAUGAACAGAGCCACACACCAGGAGAGCACAGAGCACGUCCUGUCUGGAGGAGUGGUCGUGAGUGCUGUGUUCUUCAUUUUAUCUGCCAACAUCUUAUCAUCUCCCUCUAAGAGAGGACAGAAAGGUACCCUUAUUGGAUAUUCUCCUAAAGGAACACCUCUUUAUAACUUCAUGGGUGAUGCUUUUCAGCAUAGCUCUCAGUCAAUCCCUAGGUUUAUUAAGGAAUCACUAAAACAGAUUCUUGAGGAAAGUGACUCUAGGCAAAUCUUUUACUUCUUGUGCUUGAAUCUGCUCUUUACCUUUGUGGAAUUAUUCUAUGGUGUGUUGACCAAUAGUCUGGGUCUGAUCUCAGAUGGAUUCCACAUGCUUUUUGAUUGCUCUGCUUUAGUCAUGGGACUUUUUGCUGCUCUGAUGAGUCGAUGGAAAGCAACUCGGAUUUUCUCCUAUGGGUAUGGCCGAAUAGAAAUUCUCUCUGGAUUCAUUAAUGGACUUUUUCUAAUAGUAAUAGCUUUUUUUGUGUUUAUGGAGUCAGUGGCUAGAUUGAUUGAUCCUCCGGAGUUAGACACAAACAUGUUGACACCAGUCUCAGUUGGAGGACUGAUCGUAAACCUUAUUGGUAUCUGUGCCUUUAGCCAUGCCCAUAGCCACAGCCAUGGAACUUCUCAAGGAGGCUGUCACUCGUCUGAUCACAGCCACUCACACCACACGCACGGACACAGUGACCAUGGGCACAGUCACAGCCAUGGUCCCUCAGGUGGAGGCAUGAAUGCCAACAUGAGGGGUGUAUUUCUGCAUGUUUUGGCAGACACACUUGGCAGUAUUGGUGUGAUCGUGUCUACAGUUCUGAUAGAGCAGUUCGGGUGGUUCGUUGCCGAUCCCCUCUGUUCUCUUUUUAUUGCUGUGUUAAUAUUUCUCAGUGUUGUCCCACUGAUUAAAGAUGCCUGUCAAGUCCUGCUUCUAAGGCUGCCGCCAGAACAUGAAAAGGAAUUACACACUGCUUUAGAAAAGCUCCUGGGGAAGCUGAGGCAGGAGAAUCACAAAUUCAGUGCUAGAUUGGAAAACGGUGAGUGUAUGUUUAAGACAGGGUCUAUGUAGUCCAGGCUGACCUUCAACUCACAUAUCCCAGACUGGCCUCGAACUUAAGGGGAUCCUCCUGCCUCAGCCUGCUGAGCACUGGGAUUGUGCCAGUAUGCCCAGCUUUACUGUGAAACUUUCUCUCAAAAUAAAAUUUUAAAAAGGACUGGGGAUGUAACUCAGUGGUAGAGCACCCAUGGAUUCAAUUCCCGGCACCAUGAAAAAAGGAAAUAGUUUGUUCAGAAACAGACCUAGGAAUUAAUGGAAUUAAAUAUAUGGCAAAGAUGGCACUUCAGAUUAGCCAUAAAUACUUUGCUAGGCUAGGCAUGGUGGUCCAUGCCACCCAGCACUGGGCAGACUAAGGCAGAAAGGAAGAAUGCCAUGAGCCCAAGGCCAGCCUAAACUACACAGAAAGAGCCUGUCUCAGAAAACUAAAUCAAAACAAAACAAAAAUUUUGCCUAAUCAGCCAACUGACCACAUUGCCAUUUGCUGGGAAAGCAAAGCUAUAUUGACUGUCUUAGGACUGAAGCAGGUACAGCCCUUUCUUUCCUGUUGGUCCCAGUUUUUUCUGGUGCAGGCUGUCUGGAGUUUUCAGAAAAAAAAUCAUUAACUACAGGAAACUGAACAAAACUGGAGUAGUGCUAAUCCCCGCUUCGGUAGUGUCCUACACAGGGUUUUAAGCGCAGGCAAGAGCCCGUGGUGGGCAUGCCUUGGUGCACUGCCCCCACAGCUGCCUAGUAGUGCUCAGCCUCCUAUACACUGAAAUAAGGGUGGAGACUAUAUUGGGCCCUGCACUUGAGCCCCCCACUGCAUCGUCCAAAACCUGCUAGACAUCUGGAACUUCAGCUCCCAGCCCAGACCUCCUGGGUCAGGACCUGCAUUUUCAUAGGAUCCUCAACCACUAUUCUCAGCUGCUGGUAUGCAGUAUGCUCAAGAUUUCUUUCCCGUGUCCCACUUUGCAGAGAAGCUGAGGCCUGGGGGUACAGAGGAGGCAAUUGCUAUUUUAAGGCUUUGUGACCUUUAAAACCCUUGUAAAUAUUACAAUGUGGUAAUCACUGUAGGCUUUGCACUAUUGUGGACAUGACUUCUGUAGCACAUGUUGUCGAUACAUUAUGUCCCCUACUUAGGAAGAGAAUCUUCCUAAAUCCAACUGCACCUUUGACACAAAUAUACAAUGUUUAAAAAAAAAAAAAAAAUGCAGAAAUACUAUCGAACUCUUUUUAUCGGUUGUUGUAGUCACAGUUUGCAAGGAAAAUGGUUUAAUACAGGAUCCAUAAUUGAUAGAAAUAUUUUAUAAUAGUUACCCAAAGAGUCAAACACAAAAAAGUACAGGAAAUCUGUCCGCACGCUAAAGAUGCAAAGAAUCCAGCUAAAGGCCUGGAUCCCAUGGCCAUGUCCUACAUGAGUCCAGUUGAAGACCUAGAGCCCAUGACAAUGCCUCAUGCAAGUCUGUUUAAUGGAUCUGUGGUAGGAAGGCCCAAAGGUCAGGAGUGGAAGCUAGAAAGUCGGUGCCAGCCAAUGAAGAAUCUGUGCCAAGCAGGCUGAGGGAUCUGCACAGGAGUCAGGAAGACACUCAAAGUAAGGACAACAGCCAUCAGAAACAAGGUUCUAAGCUCCUCAGAUGAUAACAGCUGAGUUAAUAUCAGGAAGUUAGUGCUACAAGCUUCUCCAGGAAAGUAAACAUCUUCUCCUCCAGAGCCAGGAAGCAGUAAAGAGCAGAGCUUCCUUAAAGUGAACCGCAUCCAUUCUGAGGGACAAGGUCCUAAGCUCCUCUGACAAUGAAGACAGCCAGUUCAGAUCAGAAGUUCAACGAGCUCCUCUAGAAAAAGCAACAGCGUCACCUCUUCCUCUUCAGUUAUCCUUUUUAUGUUGACAACAAUCCGCAGUUGGGCUCUCCACAUCCAGCACCAUGCUGAUUCAGUUCAGCUGGGUGUUAAAAGUUGACCACCAGUUGUCAGUCCACUACACUGGCAGACAUGUGAAAUACUUCCAAGAUUUGUUUGCAUCCAUGUAUGUUCAUAUCCCAAGUUGGUUCAUUAUCUGUAAAGGCUCAUAAUGUCAGAUUAUCACCGUCAAGAGAACUGGGGUUAAUCUGCUCAUCCGUACCUCAUUCUUGUUACACCUGAUGGCCAUAUUGUAAGACGGGUUUGUCCCACAGGGACUCACUUGGAACCUGUGAGCCUCUCUGCUCCAUCAGCCUCCUACCGCAAAUUCCCUCCCUCCUUCUUGUUUGCUCAGUGCAGUCCACUUUCCUCCCAUGCCUCAUUCCCAGGAACUCUCCUACCAGGCUCUUUUAUCUCUUCUUGUCUUCAGAAGUGGUCUUACUAAGGAAAGAACAAUAUAGUCAAACUUCAGCUUGGAUUAGCAUUUCCUUUAAACAGACAGUAAUGUGCCACUCGAAAAACUGAAUGUGUAAUUAUCAUGUGAAAGACACUUACCAUGUGAAAGACUCUUCGGUUUAUUAGACACAUUACAAGUAAUUAUUGUAAGGCAGUAAGCAUUGACUAAAAAAUAGAAAAAGUAUGCUUUUUUGUUUGUUUGGGUUUUUAGACAAGGUUUCGCUAUGCAAUUCAGGCUGAUGUUGAUCUCUCUUGUAGCCUAGGCUGGCCUCAAACUCAAGGUGAUCCUCCUGCCUCAGGUUUCCUGAGUGCUGGGAUUAUAGGCGUGUACCACCAUGCCUGGCAAAAAAACUGCAUCUCUAUGCUGUAUAUUUCUUUUUUUUUAAUUUAUGUAUUUAUUUGCAGCUUUAAUCAAAAGGGUGCAGUGCUGUAUCCCAAUAACCCCAGAAUUUAGAGGCUGAGGCAAGAAGCUUACAGAUUUGAGCACAGCAUGGCAAUUUAGUAAAACCCUAUCUCAAAUUAAAAAUAAGUAGCCAAGUGUGGUGGUACAUACCCAUAACACCAGUACUUAGAAGGCUGAGGUAGGAGGAUCACUAUGAGUUCAAGGACAGUCUGAACUACACAGUGAGAAUUUGUCUUUAGAAAAAAAAAAUAAACAUUUAAAAAAUGAAAUAAAAGGAGCAGGAAUGUAGCUCAAUGUUAGAAUGCUUCUGGGUUCAAUCCCCAGUAAUGCAUUAAAAAAAAAUUUUUUUUAAAGUUUGCAUCAGUCCAACAAAUGCAGUAUUCACAAUCACUGUAGAACAACAAAGUCCUCUCAUAAGAAUGCACAUUUAUAGUAAUAACAGAAAUAUACCCCUUAAAAUUCCAUUCUUUCACUUCAAAAGAUUGACUCUCGCUUCACUAGAUUCAUAACCAACUCUUAGAACUAUUUAUUUUUUUAUUAUUUUUCAAAAGUAGUUAAAUUCAAAUGACUGACUCAUUCUGAUUUUCAGAAAAAAAAAUGCCAGAAUCCUGUUGGUGGUUACAGCUUUACUCCAUUUAUGGUACUGUGCAGAAUAUUACUUAGUGGAGGCACAACAGAAUAUCCAUUUAAAAAUAACCCCUCUUGGGGCGCAUGUUUGUUGUUGAUUUGUUUAAAACUUCCUCAGCUCAUCUGGAUCAAAGUUACGGUGAAUAAAAAGGAUGAUUCCGCCAGAUGCUUGUGAUCCACAUUACAUGUGAUUAUUACAAAACUAGAUUAUCUACUUGGGAGAUUGUAAUUGUCUUUUUAAAAAAUUCUGCAAAACUUCCCAAAUCCAAAAAAGUCAAGUAGCUGCUCCAAUUAGCCAUAACUUUGAAUAAUUCAUAAAUCUCACUUCUUUGGGUAGAAAGUUGAUUUAUAUGGUCCCUUCUAGUGCAGUCUUUACAAACAUAAGCAUACCUCAUACAGGCAGACAAAAUAACCCCUACCUUCCACCCUGUUUUCAGAGUGGGCAUCUUAUAACCUGGAUACACCACAAAUAGAAAAGUCCCUUAAAAAUAAUCCUAUACUAAUUUCCUUAAAACAAUUACAUACUAAUUUGUUUCAUCUAAAAAUACCAUACCAUUAAAACCGUAACAACUGAACAAAUACUUCAGAAGCCAGCUUCUGGAUCCUUAAUGACUACUUGAAUAUUAAUGAAAGUGAUUAAUUCUUAUGUUACAGACUCACUAGUCUGCAAAAUAAUUGGUCAGUAUUUAUUAGACAAUAAAAUAACUGUACCAAAGCAUACUUCUAACUUCAAAUAAGUUAAAAAAAUCUUCUAUGUAAAUUACACAAUAAACUACUUUGAACACAUAAUUAACUCAGCAAAUCUUUUAAAAAUUUACUUUAGAAGUUUUAAGAGCAAAUUUUUUUAUCAUGUGCACUUCGUUUUCCCUUCCUACUGACCCCCUCCUCAAUAUAUUUAUUAUUAUAGAUACAAACUCAAGAAUUCAAGGGGAGAGAUAGUUAAUUGCUUCACAAAAAUUGUGGCCUAAAUUGCACAGAGAAGGAAAAAACGCUGAAUAGAUUUGAACUUUAAAAGCAAUACAAAAUAAGGUACAUAAUAAGAUUAUCUUUGGAAAAUAGAUUACUUUCCCUUUCUACUAGAAAUAGCAAAUACUGUUACAUGUUAUUUACCUGUCUUCUCCAAUUGCAUGUUUAAUUAGCAUAACUUUCAACGAUGUGCAUAGAAAAAAAUUCUAAGGCAGAUAGAUGCACUUACUGGUUUUACUCUUCCUAAGUGUUUUUCGAUAAUUCAGUGGCCAAAAAAAAGUGAGAUGUUUAGAUUCUGAUUGGAGAGGGUCAUGAAACAGACAAUAACCAGGGUUUAAGGUGAGAUGACACAGCAAAAAAUCUGUCAUUACCUCAGCUACAAGUCUCCUUUCUCCCAAAAAAGAUAAAGUUAAGAAGAAGAAAAAAAAGAAUACAAGAAUCCAGUGGGCUUAGCCCAGCUUCAGGUGGACUAGGAAUGUAGUGAGUCACGAUGUGCUGUGAAGGCUGCAGUGGUCUGAACUUUGGUAACAGCUGGAAACAGCCUUGAAUCAGGGAGAACAUUCAUAUCUUUGGUGACAAAGAAAAAAAUAAAAGCCCGAUCUUCUAAAAUACAUAUCGACAAGUACAGAAACAUGGCCGGACAUAAUCCAGAAAUGUGGGGUUUUUCGAGGACAGUGUUGACAUGCAUACCAUUCUUGAGAACAAAAGCAAACAAGUACUCCCUGGCCCAAGGAAAGGGAAGCUCACAUCAUAAUGUUCCAAAUUGGCCUUUUCUGAGUAUCAUUGACAAUAAAGUUGAAAACCAUUCCAAAGAACAUGAAGAGGACUGGAUAGAAAUAACUCAAGCAAACAGCCAGGGCAUAUUCAUGAACUAUAGCAGAUAAAGUGAAGACAGCUAACAUGGCAGCAGGUUUGAACCUCUUUGAAAAAAACCAAAGCAGGUCCCUGUAAACAUAGUAGUAUAGCCAGUCAUGGACUACCACAUUCCAAGUUCUAUAAUAGUUAGAGUAUGAUGUCGAAUUCCACCAAUCCUUGUAAAACAUCCUGUCACCAAAUCAUAACAUCUUUGCAAAGGCAUUGAGCCAGCAGUGCAAAAAGGCAAAAAAAAGAAAGGAACAUCAUCAGCAAACCUGACAAGAUGGAAUUAAAUACACACAGGACCAGGACACCAGUGUUGAAGGGUUCCUGUUUGAUAUUCCUAAACAACAGUGCGCAAAGCCUUUCAAAGAUGUAGUACACAUAAAACAAGCAACUGAAAACCUGUGCAAACUGCAUAGCAACAUAAUGCCAUCUUAUAGUAGGAGUUCUUGGAUAGCUGUCCCUGUAGAUAAGUGUAGGAGCAAACAAGAAGUGUAAGUGCUGGUUGACUGUGGGUAUGGGGACUGUGCUUGACUUCUCCGUAGCUGCAUUUAGUACUCUUGGCACCUUCUGUCUGACAAAAUAGUGGGCCUUCAUUAUCAAACAAAUCUGUUCGAGUAUAACAAUGAACCGGGAAGCUGGUGGCAGUGCAUAUACUGAUACAAUAUAUGUUGGUCCCACACCUAGAAUCCCAAGCUGGAAGAAUGUGAAAAACAAGCCACAGACCAUAGAAGAAAUAAUUGGAUGAGAACUCUUCCUGUAGCCAUUGGCUCAACACUGAAAUAAGUAGGGAAUCAACAAUGUAGUCAAGAACAUGGCCCACCAUGUUCAAAUAACAAUACUAAAUUUGCCAAAUGCGUAAGACAGGAGAUUGAAUUCAAGCACCAGCCUUCCUUCAUCAAUAUAAUCUACUACAAGUGUGAUGAGGAUGGCAAUAAACAUGUGAUAUAUUGUCCUGAUGUGGUCCACUUCAAACAGCUCAUCCAAGAUAGAGCGUCUUGAAAUAAAAAUCUUUCUUUGUUCUGGAGGUGCUCUCAUAUCUUUAGUUCUAUGAUCAUUUUUCAUUUCUUCAAGAAUGGAAAAAGUUGUAAGAGCAGAACCACCAUUGUCUAAUGAGACAGAUUUUUCAGUGAGAGUAGUCACAAUAUCAUCAAAGUGACUACUGACUUCCUUUAAAAAAUGUGGCUUCAAUUGCUCUGCCUCUACUGCCAGCUGUCUCUUCUUUGCUAUCAACUGUUUUAUGUCAAUUCGACCAUUUCUAAGUGCUUCUAGGGACUCCUAUGGAGAGUUUCAUUGGUCUUCAUCCUUCUCAAGAUUUUCACUGUCCUUUGACAGUUGCUUUCUUGGAGACAUCUCUUUACUCACUAUUGAGCUAGCCAGCACAAGAUUCUAAGUUCGAUUUCCAGAACUCCCUGAGGCCCAAGCCCACGGGGCUGUGGGAGCCUCCAUCGAGAGAUGUCGGAAACCUGUCACUGCGGGACCAGCACACAGGUCGGUCCCGGGAAGAUGUCCCAUUGCCCUGGGCCCGCAAUGCCGACAGCGCCCACCACAGCUAUGCUGUGUAUUUCUAACAGGUUAAGUAUAUAGUUGACAAAAAAUUAUGGAACUAUUAAAAUAGAAUAUUUUUGUAGUUACAGAAAUAGUGAAAGUCUUUUUGUUUGUUUUGGUUGGCGUUGUUUACUUAUUUUGUUAUUAUUUAAAGAGAAAAAAAUGGAGAAAAAAGGGUAAAAAUAAUACAGAAUUACAUAAAAAUAAAUCACUAGUUGAUAAGUUACAUAUUGUCAUUUUAGAAAUAGUUGUUCAGGUUACAAAAUUAAAGCAUACAAGUGACAUUCAAAUAGUAACACCGUCAACAGUUCUGCUCAGUGACCCAACAAAAACUUAGUUAUAUGGUUAUCAGUCCUAUACACUUUUUAUCUUAAAGAGGGUAAAAUUAAACAUAUCAAAACAGAACAAAACAGUUCAUAAAGAAACAAUUUAAAGAAAUACAGAUUUCAGAGCAAGUCCACUGGAGAUCUUCACUGUCUAUCUUAUUGUCUCUAGUUUUCUUCCAAAUAGUUGUCCUCAUCUUUACAACAUUGAAUGCAUACUGCGUAUUAUAGAACUAAUCAAAUCAUUACAGGAUGAUGAAAGCUUUUUAGGUCCUCAAGAUCAGACAUUGGGGAAGUCAAUGACCACCAUAAUGUCUCAUUCUCUUUGUAGUAGCUAUCCUUACCUGUACAUAUGCUGAAAUUGAACUUAAGAGACUAGACUAAUAUCACUCUGAGCAGUGAAUAAUAGUAUUGCUAGGGGGUGCUGGGGAUUUAGCUCAGCGGCAUAAGCACCUGCCUUGUAAGCAGGCAGUCGUGAGUUCGAUCCCUGGUACCGAUAAAAAGGAAAAAGACAAAAAUAAAAAAAUAGUAUUGCUAGGAUUUUAUAUCAUAAUGUUACAGAAUUAGCAUUGGGUUUCUUAGUGUCUCUUCUUCAGAGUAUCUGUUCAUUACAUCUUGCAUUAUAUAAUCUGUUUCCAUAAAUAGUUUAAAAAAUUCUUCCCAUGUGUGAAUUUUGACACGUAUAUCUAUCCUCCCUGUAUUAUAGGGAAAAACAGAUCAUAAAAAGAAAACAAAACAAAUUCCUAGAAAAACAUGCAAUGAAAAAGACACAUAAGACACAAUAUUAGGUGAUCUACCGUAGUUACUAUCCUUUCUUGUUAUUUUCAAUACACUUGUCCAUAUCAUCAGGCUUGGUAUAGUUAAGCAUAGUAUUACAUAGCUAUUUUUAUAAAAACACAAC